AUGGUUGGCCUGUGGAUGCUCUGGUGGCUCUGCCAUUUGGCUCUCGUAUUUCCCAGCUCCUCCAGCAAAACGCGCAUUGUGGGCGGCAAGGAGACAACAAUUUCGGAGGUUCCGUACCUGGUUUACCUGCGUCAAAAUGGUCACUUCAUCUGCGGUGGAUCCCUUAUCUCCACCAGAGUAGUUCUAAGUGCAGCGCAUUGUGUUUAUGGCUCCCAGCCGGAUGACUUCACGAUCCACGCCGGCGCCAGUCGUUUGGACGAAGAGGCUCCAGUGGUUCGCAAUGUAGUUAUGUUUCACACUUCGCCCAGCUACUCUGCCACCAACUUCGACAUGGACGUUGCUUUGUUGGCGCUGCAGGAGGCCGUUUUCCUUAUGCCCGGUAAAGUCGCCACCAUUAGUCCUUGUCGCAAUCCGCCGGAGGGUAAUUCGUAUGCCAGGAUCAGUGGUUGGGGAGUGACCCGCGAGAACAACCGGGAUCCGGCCGAACAGGUCCGCACUGCCAUGGUGCGCGUGCUUCCAGGAGCGGAAUGUAAGCUCUCAUAUCCCGGAUAUGGCCAAUUAAGCGAUUCUAUGCUAUGUGCCGCUGUGCGCGGUAUCCGCGAUUCCUGCUCCGGUGAUUCCGGAGGUCCUUUGGUCUACCGCGGUCAGGUUUGUGGCAUUGUCUCGUGGGGAUUCGGCUGCGCCCGACCUUCUUUUCCAGGUGUGUACACCAAUGUGGCUAGCGGAAGGGUUCAUGACUUUAUAGAACAAACUCUACACAGGAUUGGAAACUAAACUUGUUAUGGAAUGUGCUUGUUGAUUUGAAACUUGUAUUAA